AUGUUGGGUGGUAAUAAUAGCCAGCCUAUUAUUGAUUUGUCAUGUGAGGACAACGGUAGUAUGUCAACACCAAUGAACAAUCAAUUGUUAUUUGAACAAUUAGAUAAAAUUGAUGAAAAAACACCACAACAAAUUACGAAAGUAAAAGAUCGUAUUCAAGCUGCAUUGAAAAUGAAUUCAGAAGAAUUUAAAAUUGUACUUCGAGAUAAGUCACAAUCACGACAAUAUUCAGCUGAUUGGUGGUCUAUAUUUGGAAUUCCAACACAAACAUUAGGUGAAAAAUGUUACUCAAUGCAAAAUUUCGUUGCCUGUAAAGAAUGUAAAACUGUUUAUCGAUAUAGUAGAACUACUAGUUCAGAUAAAAUAAAAAAACAUGAAUGUUAUCUAGAAACAAUUAAACAACAAAACACAAAAAAUUCUUUAUCAGCAUUUGAAUCUACGGCAUAUGUUAAAUCAACACAAUCAACAUUAUCAAACUAUUCAUUCGGACAGAUAUCUAAUCAUGGUUCUGGUAAAAAUAUAAAAUCAAAAUGUAGUGAUUUGAUAGUCGAUUGGAUAUCAAGCAAUAUACGACCAUUGGGCAUUGUUGAAGAUGCUGGGUUGCACGAACUUUUACAAUUUUUCUAUGAAUUGGGUAUUAAAAUGAAAGAUGCCAAUUUGAAAAUAAACAACUUCAUUCCAUCACGAUAUACAAUUUCCAGAAAUAUUCAUUCUAUUGCUGAGCAAACUCGAGCAAAAUUUAAAGAAUUGUUAUUGGAACCACUGAAGAAUGAUGCUGUUACAUUAUCACCUGAUUUAUGGACUGAUCGAUUUAAACAGAUCAGUUAUUUAGGUAUUACUGCCACUUUAAUUAACUCAUUGCAUAAAUAUCAAACGAUCACAUUAUGUUGUACCGAAUUUACUGAAAACGAGAAAACUGCAAAUAAUAUAGAAAAGAUGUUAAAGAAUUGCUUAUCGGUAUAUGGUAUAACAAAUCUUGCUGAUGUGAAUUGGGUCUGCGAUCGAGGUGCAAAUAUUUUAAAAUGUUUUAAACAAAAUAAUAUUGAACCAAUAAAAUGCUAUGCACAUCGAUUAAAUGGUCUUCUUAGUUAUACAUUUAUUAAUAAAGAUGCAGAUGUUGAAUGUGAAGAAGAACUUUUAACUACACUUAUGAAUGUAAUUGAUCAAAUAUUUGAAGAAUCCAUCGAACGUCAACGAUUAUUAGAAACAAUAAAUUCAUGUAAAAUUUUAGUUAAAUAUGCUAAAAAAGCUGGAUUGAUUGAAAUAAUUAAACAUCAAGCUGAUAAAAAUGGUGGUUCUGGCACGUCAUUGAAACAGCAAGCUGCAUCAAGAUGGUUAAGUUUAUAUAAUUGUUUGGAAAGUAUUCUUGAUAACUAUGAAGCCAUUACAAUUGUAUUGAAAGAAAAAAAUAAAUUGAAUUUAGUCCAGAUAAUUUCUAAAUUAGUUGUAACACAAUUAUUAAUUCUACUUUUACCUUUACGAUGUGCAACAAGAGAUAUUCAGAACGAUCAGCAUCCAACUCUUUACCUUGUUCAACCAUUUCAUCAAUUAUUAAUUCGUACUUACUCAUCUUAUACAAAUUUACGUAAAUUUGCUCUUGAUUUUGAUGCAAAACGUUUUAAACUGUUCUGUGAUACAUAUCCGAAUGAAGAUACAGAACCAAGUGGUGUUAAAUUUUUUCGAGAACAAAUUCAUGAAUUAUUGAUGGAAAUGGACACGUCCAGUUUUUUCGAUGACAAACAUUAUUUUGCUACAUUUCUUCAUCCGAAACAUAGAGAUAUGAAGUCCAUUUCGACUACUAAAAAGUUCGAAAUUUUAACACGUUUACGUUCGAUUUUAUUUAACAUGAAGCCAGUCUCAAAUUCCGACAAUAUAGUUAAUUCAAAUGAUCAAGAAGAACAACGAAAAAAAUUCAAGUCAUUAAAUUAUUAUCUUGCUGAUUUUGAAGAUGAUACAAUUAGAAAAACAGAACAAACGACAUUACAAAAUGAUGAUGAUAUUUCAUUAAUUCAGUCAUCACAAGCUGGUUGUCACUCACCUGAAUAUGCUUUCAUGACAACGACAUAUCAAGUAUCAAAACCCGAUGAAAUAGAUCAAUAUUGUGCUAUGAAAAUUCCUUGCCAUUUGAUCGGAAAAGAUCCUAUGUUAUUCUGGUCUCAAAAAUACGUUCAAGAAACUUUACCAUUAUUAUCAAGAUAUGCUCGAACAAUUCAUGCUAUUCCACCAACAUCAGCCUCAACUGAGAGGCUUUUUAGCAUAUCUGGCCAUACUUUAAAUAAUCGUCGAACAAAUCUAUUACCAUCACACUUAGAUGACAUACUAGUCAUUCGAUCAGGUGUACAUUUGAAAGUUGAGAAACCUAAUGAUUAA